UUAAUUAAAAUGGGGCUUUCGCAGGUGGGUGUCCAAAUUCUUCUUAUCUUAUCGCGCUGUAUCGUCAUUGUUCCUCCAUACCAAUUACCAAUUGCUUCAACCCCCGUCGCAUGUCUUGUCAUUCCACUCCGAUCCGCAAUACGGCCUCCUCCACAUUGGCACUGUGAUAGGCUGGAACUCAACGUCGGCGCGACUAACCGGCAGACGCAAGCUCAGCGCAUAGCCUUUUAUUCUCUUUAUUUCUCGUUUAUCGUCGGAGGGCUGGAAGGGUUUCCAAACACAUUGCGAUACUUGUUGUUUGCCGGCGUCUUCAAAGAGUUGGAGUCCUCUUGCUCGUCGCUGCUGCGGGUCAAGGUGACGGACAACCGACUUCGGCGGCUUCUGGACAGGCGCAGCGAACACGAGGAGCGCUUCAGUCACAGCAACAGGAAACGGACGGAGGAGAAAUCCCUGCGCGGAAGAUGGAGCGUGUCUACGAUCAGGACCAAGGAGUCCCGCCGACAGAUGCGAACAAGCCGAUGGAGCUACUUCCGGGACCCCCCGGAAAGGGGAAACCCAGACUUCUUCUGAUGGGUCAAAGAAGGAGUGGCAAGUCUUCAAUAUCAAGUGUGGUGUUUCACAAGUUACCGCCCAAUGAGACGCUGUUCCUCGAGUCGACGGCUCGUAUUCAAAAAGACUCCAUGGCAUCGUUCAUGGAUUACCAGGUCUGGGACUUCCCCGGCCAGAUCGACUUCUUUGAGAACCCAAACUUCGACAUGGACGCCAUCUUCGGGGAGAUUGGCGCCCUUAUCUGGGUCAUUGACGCGCAGGACGACUACCUCGAGGCCGUGUCACGGCUCAACGCCACGGUCCUCAAUCUCCAGCGGUUUUACCCAAACAUCAACAUCGAGGUCUUCAUCCACAAGGUCGACGGCCUCUCGGACGAUUACAAGCUCGAUAUCCAGCGCGACAUCACCAUCCGCAUCCAGGACGAGCUCUCGGACCACGGCUUCGAGAACGCCCCCGUCACCUUCCACCUGACGUCCAUCUACAACCACUCCAUCUUCGAGGCCUUCUCCAAGGUCAUUCAGAAGCUCAUCCCCCAGCUCGGCACCCUCGAGGCCAUGCUCACCAACCUCUGCCGCACGUGUCGCUUCGAGAAGGCCUACCUCUUCGACGUGCUCUCCAAGAUCUACAUUGCCACCGACUCGGCCACUGCCGACAUGGCCUCGUAUGAGAUCUGCUCCGACUACAUCGACGUCAUCAUCGACAUCACCGAGGUCUACGGCUCCUGGCCGCGCUCCGACGGCCAGCGCAAGCGCCUCGAGGCCGAGCCGUGGAACGCAAAGGUCGAGGAUCAGGUCGCCUGCAACUGGGCCGAGAGCUGCAUGGUCCUGCACGACUCGCAGCGGCCCAUCAUGUUGCGCGAGGUUGACCGCUACCUCGCCCUCGUGGCCAUCAUGAAGGAAGACUCAUACGACCGAAUGCCUCUCGUGAAUAUGAACGUCGAGGCCGUCGUUCAGGGCAUCACCGAGUUCUUUGAGAUUACAAAGUCGCGCAAGUGAGGAGCGAGAGAGGGGAUGGUAUGGCAAGUGGGGGAAGCUUGAGGAGCGUAGGCAUCAGACAUCCAUCAAAAGAAGAUUUUCCGCACGUUUUGGCUCGUUCUGUACAA